AUGAGCAGCGAAGGAUCUCUGCCUCUCCUCACCGAUAAAACAGCUGAAGUCUUGUUCGAGUACCGAGUCUCUGCAAGGUCGGGGAGGGUACUGCGCUCGGCGUUUGCCGUGGAGAGGGGGAAAGCAGGAUGGUCGCAGGGCCCACGAAUCCUCAUGGAGAUUCUUUCGCCCCGUCAGGUCACGGCGAUCAUCACGACCCUCUGGGCGGUCAUGAUCGUUGCUGCCCUCUUGACAGCUUACGAGGACAGGUGGCUCCGGCCGAGGUUCUCGUUGAGUCCAAAGAGCGAGACAUGUUACGAGGAUUUCAUGGGGAACAGCAUAUGCCUAGAGCUCAAGGCUCUCAACUGCACGAGUGGAAGCGAGAAGCAAAGGCAGAUCGGGGGGACACUGAGGGGUGUCAAACCUCUCAACACCUUCAUCAUCCUCCGGGCUCAGCUAGCGACGUCGAUGUUCAGCUUUCUUGACCAGUGUGACGGUGUUUUCACCAGUGCGUGUAGCCUAGAGUACUCAGUGACAACCAUCGGCCGGUCGGCUGCAACGAACUCCUCAUCGGAAAAGCAAGUCAUGAUUGCGAACAUGAACAUGACAUCGCCCAUUCUUUGUUCAACUUCUCCAGAACACUGCCAACCUCUUGAUCUAUUUGUGCAAGGCUCACCCUUGCUGUAUGACGAGUACGACAUGUACCUGUCCGACAUCAGGAUCAAUGAUCUUCCGAUUUGCGAUGUGCUCGGGGAGGACGGAGACAUGGAGUUGACUUUCGUGUUCCUCGGCGGAUCGUUCAUGUUCUUCGAGAUCCUGUCAAGACACGUUCUCCUGGUCAUGGCCAUCGUCUGUUUCAUCCUGUGGAUUGUAAUCCUUCGGGGGGUGAUCCGGUCAAACGGCAGUGUGCUUCCAGAGCAGCGAUGGAUCUCCGUCGGUUUGUUCGGACUAAUUCUGCUCCAAGAUCCUUUCCUGCUGCUCAAACUUUAUGCUGGAGGGGUGGUUGGAUUUCUUUCUAUAUGUUGCUAUUCAGCAUCUCUGGGCAUUUUCCUGGCAUUUUGGCUGUGUAUGAUCCACGGGCUGCAACGGGACAGCAGCGACUACGUGGAGGAAUGGGGAUUCUAUACCUUUAAGGUCUCGUAUGGGAUCGCGUUUGCCAUGGCCACCAUCGCCAAGUUGUACAUAUCGUCCUUCUACUCUCUUUCGUCCUGGCGCUGGCUGCCUGCUGUACAUAACAACACUCUCCUCCCCAGCGAAAAACUUGACAAGCUCAGCGAGAUGGGGAGCUACGCUGUGAUCCCCUGGGCAUUCCUGUGGUGGGUAUGGCUGAUAUGGUUCCUGAACUUGAUGCAGAGGACCUCAGCGAGACUGUCUGCUCUGCCCUACUUGCAGAGUCGCUUCAGGCAGCUUUCGUUCCGCUUCUUUGUCCUGCAGUCUUCCAUCAUGGCCCCCUACCUCUUCUUCUCCCUCGCUGCGUCCGUGCUCUGGACAGGCGCUUCCUUCCUCGUAGCUACAGUGAACUACAACGGAUUUGCGACCGACUUGCUCUUCGAAGUCUACAUGAUCUUGGUUGCCUACAUCUAUCUCCCCGUCCACAAGGGCAGCGACAAGAUUGGCGGGAGCCGGUGGCUGUAUCACCUCAUCUACGGCAUCGGACGCCAUGACAGUGAGAUUCAGGACCAGAUACACGAGUACCGUGUGGAGGAAGACGAGCAAGUGGGCAAGGGAGAUAAGCGCUCGGAUAUCUUUUGCCUGCAGACAGCUCUGACGUCCGCCAACUUCUCUUGGCAAGCGUACAUGACCAGCCCAAUCUCAGUCGACGGCUCUUACGGCCUGCAGAUACCGGAGGACUUCGAGCUCUGCAAGAUCGUCUACAAGCCGGACGUGGACUCUCGUGCGCUGAUCUGCAAGGAGAUGUUCACGUCGGUGGGAGGGACGAGGAGGUUCGUCGUCGCUUUCAGAGGCAGCAACUCGCUCACCAACGCCAUGACGGAUCUUGACAUGCGGCGGGUGCGAGUGCCGCGGGAGAGGUACACGCCGCAUCGAAACCUCGGGGAGAUCCUGUCAAGAGCGUUCAGAGGGCUGAAGAAGUCGAUCUUACACCCUGUGCAUGCUCCCUUCGACGUCCUCGAGCUCGGCGCCAACGCUAUCCUUGACUUUCUCGACGGGAUCAAGAUCCAUGCCGGUUUCUGGCAGGCGUACGAGUCGUUUGCUGAGACGCUCCGGGAGGAUCUGGCGGCGGCGACCAGCGGGGAGGAGCGCGUGCAUAUCCUAGUGACAGGGCAUAGCCUCGGAGGCGCUUUCGCUCAGCUGCUCGCCAUGGACCUGCGGCUGACGCUGCCGGCCGACACUGAAGUCUCCAUGUACAGCUUCGGGGCCCCGCGAGUCGGAAACCGUUCAUGGGCGAAGCUGUACAACGCGCUAGUGCCGUGCUCCUUCCGGACAGUCCUGCGGAACGACAUGAUCUCGGCCAUGCCGAGCCCUCCGUUCUAUAUGCAUGGCGGGAGGGAGGUUGUCAUUGACCCCAAGGGAAACAUCAAGUGCGAUCCGUCCUUUGUGGAGAAGGUGUUCCGACCCAGCAGAAACUCUCUGGUUGACCACAGGCUGGGCAACUACAUCAACGCCCUCCAUCGCUGCAUAGAAGCGCACGAUGCCAUCAUGGAGGUGUCUGAGGACGCGCUGAGUGUGUGA